GGUCUAUUCCCACCUACUUACACAUUCGAUACAGAGGCCCACGAAAUCCUGUGACACGUUAUUUGGGUGUGGUCCCUCCUCCUUCUCUUCAACAAACUCCACACAUCUCCAUUAGAAUACCGCAUCGCUUUCGGCUACAACGUGCUCAUUUUUUGCACUUUCAUGGUCACCCUAAUAUUCACGGUGAUUUGUACGUUCGUUCUGACUCCUAUUGGCGCCUGGGAUUCUAAUGAACUCAAGAUGUUUGAUCUGGUUGAAGAGUUGGGCAUGAGCUUUUAUGAUUUUCUGGGUGUUGAAAAGUUUGCCUCAGAUUCUGAUAUCAGGCGUGCCUACCGCAAGCUUUCAUUCAAAUACCAUCCAGAUAAGAACGAUGAUCCGGAAGCAACUGUGAAAUUUCGCAAUUUGGUUGGCAUCUACGAAGUCCUAAAAGAUAAAAGUCUACGUGAAAGUUAUGACCACGUACUAGAGAAUGGAUUACCGACUUGGCGAACACCAGUCUACUACUAUCGUAAACUCCGAAAAAUGUCGAAUUCCGAGUUGUUUGUCAUGUUCGCACUGUUGUCCACCGCAAUUCAUUAUGCCACGCUCUGGGGUUCACGAUUUGAAAGAUGUUGGACUCUGGAAGAACAACUUGGAAUUGCCCUGAAGAGACAGAAGGCUCGCGAUCGCAAAAGAGAGUUGAUCGACUUACAAAUUGCCGAAGAACUUCGAAAAGUCCCUCGGCCUAAGUGGCAUGAUCUGCUUCCCUUCGCCAUAUGUAAAUUUAUUUAUGCCCUUAUAAUGUGUAUCCCUCUGGUGUUUACCGCCUUGGGAUCCAAAGUCAGUCAUAAAUUGGAGCAUAUUCAGCUUUGCCGGAUAGACUCAGAAGACAAAUUUAGGGAGAAGCUAAAGUCUGAAAGGCAGGAACGAAGGCGCCGCGUUGUAGAACGAAAACGUACCGAAGAAUGUGUCUACGAUGUGACCGAUCUCACUUCGUUUCUCAGCCUGUCAGAUAUGCCACCAGAGUCACGCGAUUCCACUGAAUUUGCGGACAGCAUAAAAACAACACCGGUUAGUCUUUGUUUUCUUUGA